CCGAUGAUGUGUCGUAAUGGGACUAGGAUCAGCAUGCCGGCAAUAAAUCUGCGAGCCAGCGCCCUGCUGCUCAAUGUUCCGACCACACCACUACUCCAGAGGACGUUAGCAGACCACAGGCAUCAUGCCGUACGUCCACGCUGCUGCCGCUGGGACGGACAAAUCGUUUGUCCAAAUUGAAAGCGCCAACAUUGAAGACCUCAUAAAGCAACUGACCACCGAUGAAAAAGUGGCUCUGUUGACUGGCGAUGACUUCUGGCACACAGUUCCAAUUCCCCGGCUUGGGAUCCCCUCAAUCCGACUAUCCGAUGGCCCGAAUGGCGUCCGCGGCACUCGCUUCUUUGGCAGCGUGCCAGCCGCGUGCCUGCCCUGCGGGACGGCCAUCGGGGCGACCUUUGACAGAGACCUCGCCGUGAAGAUUGGGCAUCUGAUUGCUGCGGAAGCCAAGGCAAAAGGCGCCCACGUGGUGUUGGGUCCUACGAUAAACAUCCAACGCGGUCCACUGGGUGGACGCGGUUUCGAGUCGUUCUCAGAAGACCCGCUUUUGUCCGGUAUCAUGGCCGGAUAUUACUGCAGAGGAUUGAAGGGAAAGAACAUCAUUGCCACACUGAAGCACUUUGUAUGCAAUGACCAGGAGCACGAGCGGAUGGCAGUCAACUCCAUUGUGACGGACCGGGCGCUGCGGGAAAUCUACCUCUUGCCGUUCAUGGUCGCCAUCGGCCUGGGGAAGCCAGAGGCUAUCAUGACGGCAUACAACAAAGUGAACGGCAUUCAUGCAUCGGAGAGCCCGGCGCUUCUGCAGGACAUCCUUCGAGGAGAAUGGGGCUGGGAAGGCCUGGUAAUGAGCGAUUGGUUUGGAACAUACAGCACAUCGGAAGCCAUUCACGCCGGGCUGGAUCUCGAAAUGCCGGGCCCCACGAGAUGGCGCGGCGGAGCGUUGACACACGCGAUCAUGGCGAACAAGGUCCCUAUGGCCACCGUCAAUGCUCGCGUUCGGGCGGUUCUUAAAGUGGUCCAGCAGGCCAGCCGAGCAGGGAUUCCUGAGCGAGCCCCAGAAUUGCAGCUGAAUCGAGCGGAAGACAGACGGCUCCUGAGGAAGAUCGCAUCCGAGGCAGUGGUUCUUUUGAAGAACGACGGGGGCAUUCUCCCGCUCAACAAGACCAAAAGAGUCGCCGUCAUCGGCCCUAAUGCCAAGAUUGCUAGCUACUGCGGAGGCGGCAGUGCAGCGCUCAACCCCUAUGAAGCCGUCACUCCAUUUGAAGGUAUCUCAAACUCAGCGACAGGUGGCGUCGAGUUUGCCCAAGGUAUAUACGGGCAUCAAAACCAGCCGUUGCUGGGGAAGCGCUUUCGUACCCAGGAGGGCCUUACUGGGUUCACCUUGAAGAUCUUCAACGACCCACCGACCGUCCCGGGCAGGAUCCCUCUGGAGGUGCGACGCGAGACCGACUCGAUGGUCUUCUUCCUCGAUUAUCAUCAUCCAGAGCUCCAGCCCGUGUGGUUUGCCGACGCAGAGGGGUACUUUAUCCCGGACGAGUCAGGGCUAUACGACUUUGGUCUCUGUGUCCAAGGGACGGGAAAACUCUUUGUAGACGGGAACUUGCUAGUCAAUAACGCCGAUGUACAAAGGCCAGGCCCGAGUUUUCUCGGAAGCGGCACCGUGGAGGAAAGGGGGACGAUGGAACUUGUGGCCGGGCAACAGUACAAGGUCCACGUGCAGUGGGGAUGUGCGAAGACCAGCAAAUUCAAGGUUCCUGGGAUUGUGGACUUUGGCCAUGGGGGAUUCCGCUUCGGAGCGUGUAAACAACUACCGCCUCAGGCAGGCAUUGAGGCAGCAGUGCAGCUGGCUGCAAGCGUUGACCAGGUAGUCCUCGUGGCUGGGCUGAGCGCGGAAUGGGAGUCCGAGGGCGAGGAUCGCCUGAGCAUGAGUUUGCCUCCAUAUACCGACGAGUUGAUUUCCCGCGUUCUGGAGGUAAAUUCGGAUACGGUGAUCGUCAUACAAAGCGGGACUCCCGUGGAGAUGCCAUGGAUCAAGAACGCGAAGGCGGUACUGCACGCCUGGUAUGGAGGCAAUGAAACUGGCAACGGCUUGGCGGAUAUCAUCUUUGGCGACGUGAACCCGUCCGGCAAACUCCCACUCACCUUUCCCCGUCACAUCAAGAACAAUCCCACGUACUUCAACUACCGCUCCGAGGGCGGCAGGGUCCUGUAUGGCGAGGACGUCUAUGUUGGCUAUCGGUUCUAUGAUGAGAUCGAGAUAGAUCCGCUGUUUCCAUUCGGUCACGGCUUGUCGUACACCACGUUUGAGCUCUCCGAUUUGUCCCUCACAAGGGAGUCAACCACACUGCAAGCCACCUGCACGCUGCGCAACACCGGAUCCAGGGCUGGCGCGGAGGUAAUCCAAUUGUAUGUGGCGCCAGUGUCGCCCCCCGUCAAGCGCCCAACCAAGGAGUUAAAGGAGUUCCGAAAGGUUUGGUUGGAAUCCGCAGCAGAAGAGGCCGUGACAAUUCCACUCGAUCUGAUCCGCGCCACAAGCUUUUGGGAUGAGAAGAGCAGUAGCUGGUGCAGUCAUCGCGGCAUGUAUCGUAUUAUGGUGGGAACCAGUAGCCGGGGAGUGUUUCUAGAAAGUGCUGUGGAGUUGGAUGAAACGACCUUCUGGUCGGGUCUCUGAAAUAAGGAGUCACCAUGGGAUGCAUCACAUCAUCCAUUACCUCUUGACACGGUCCGUGUCGACCCAGGUUUGUAGAUGUAUGGUCACCAUGCCUUCGCUGCUGUCCAGACGGGACAAGAUGUCGGUCGAUUGUCGGAG